AAUGCAACAAUAUAAUCCAAUAUUUCCUAAAUCUUUCCAAAAUAAAUUUUGCAAUCUCCCAAGUUUGAUAUCACAAAGCGAAAUAUAAUGGGCUCGGAAUCCUACGAAAAUGAACACCCAGUGAAGACAUACGGAUGGGCUGCCAGAGACACUUCUGGUGUCCUCUCCCCUUUCAAAUUCUCCAGAAGGGCAACUGGAGAAGAUGAUGUGAGAUUUAAGGUGCUGUACUGCGGGAUCUGUCAUACCGAUCUCCACUUUGCCAAGAAUGAUUUCGGCAUGUCUACUUAUCCAAUUGUACCCGGGCAUGAGAUUGUGGGUGAAGUAACAGAGGUGGGUAGCAAGGUGAAGAAAUUCAAGGUCGGAGACAAAGUAGGCGUGGGGUGCCUGGUUGGUUCCUGCGGCUCCUGCAACCUUUGUUCAACCGAGCUCGAGAAUUACUGUCCCAAAAUGAUCCAGACUUACAGUUUCGUCAACCACGAUGGAACCAUAACGUACGGGGGCUACUCUAACGAAAUGGUCUGUAAUGAACACUACGCGAUUCGGUUCCCAGACAGCCUGCCGCUCGCCGCGUCUGCGCCGUUGCUCUGCGCCGGAAUCACACUUUACAGCCCGCUCAAAUACUACGGACUUAACCAGCCCGGCAUGCAUAUCGGCAUCGUUGGCCUGGGCGGUCUCGGCCACGUCGGGGUUAAGUUCGCCAAGGCGUUUGGGGCCAAGGUCACAGUCAUAAGCACUUCACCAACCAAGAAAGAGGAAGCCAUUAAUCAUCUCGGCGCUGACGAGUUUUUGGUCAGCCGCGAUCCAGAACAAAUGCAGGCUGCUAUAGGCACAUUGGAUGGAAUUAUUGACACUGUUUCGGCUGUGCACGCAAUUGCGCCAUUGAUAAAUCUGUUGAAGCCUAACGGGAAGCUCGUGCUGGUUGGUGCACCAGAGAAGCCACUGGAGCUUCCAGUUUUUCCUCUGCUCAUGGGAAGAAGGAUGGUGGCAGGGAGUUGCAUUGGAGGAAUACAGGAAACGCAAGAAAUGAUUGAUUUUGCUGCAAAACACAACAUCGUUGCAGAGGUUGAGGUCAUUCCUAUGGACUAUGUGAACACAGCCAUGGAGCGUCUGGCUAAAUCGGAUGUUAGAUAUCGAUUUGUGAUCGACGUUGCCAACACGCUCACUACUCCACCGGCAUAAUUCAAGAAACGGCUGGUAGGCCUGUAUGGGUAGCUCAAUUGGUCACAGAAAGAGACCAAGAAUCGAGAUGCUAGCUAAAGUGUAAUGUCAUCACCAGGCCAACUUGUCACGAAACAUUGUUUCUGAAACUUUGUUGUAGUGGACAAUAUGUAGCACAGUUUAUAUCGUGCCUAAAUUCCUUUUCAUAUUGAAUAACAAGUGAAGAAUACAGUUGUUACGUUUUACCAAACAUAUACUCUGUUUCUAAGGUAAUGAA